AUGUCCCCAUUCUCCGCACCAAACGGAUCAUUGAUGCGCACACACCCGUUGGGCGUGAUGUGCAUCUCUGCUACACUUCCAGAGACCUUCCAGAUUGCCGCAGAUUACUCAGCCAUCACACACGCAGAUCCCCGGUGCAUCGUAUCUUGUUGCACUGUGACAGGGCUUAUCCGAGGCAUUUUGCGUGGACAAGUAUUGAAUGAGGGCAAUGUAGAUGAGAUAAUCGAGAAGGCUUUUGUGUGGGUAGAUGAAUGGGUACGAAGGCGAGCUAGCGGUGCAUCAGGAUCAGGUUGUACUCCGGAAGAGAAUGAGUUACAAGAACACGGGGCUUUGCUUGAAAUUGAAGAAUAUACCAGGCACGCAAGAGCAACCAGCUUCAAAGAGCUUGAACUAGACGAUUCUCAGAAAAUGGGAUAUGUCUAUAAGACAUUUGGAGCAGCGAUUCUGGCCCUAAGGCUAGGGAUACGACAAACAGGGUACGAGCAGAAAUGCAGAACCAACAGUACCGCCAAACUACCACAUUCUGUUAUUUUCGAGAAAGUAAUCACAGAGCUUACGUUUGAAGGCGGAGAUGCUGACACAAACGCCUGCGUUGCAGGGGCUCUGCUAGGUUGUUGGUUUGGAUAUAAUUCCCUGCCGCCACAGUGGCGCGACGGUAUGCAACAUGUCGCCUGGAUAGCGGGGAAGUGUGAGGCACUAACUCAAAUUGUUGGUGUGGAGGAAACCAUUUCGGACAAUGGACUGCAACUCAAGUACAAUGGAAGCAAGGACCCGGACACCUCGAUUGAUGGCGGAAAAGGAUUGAUGAAUGCAGAGGAAUUGAAGAAGAGGGAUGAGGAAUUCAUGUAUCGGUACCUGGCGAGAAGUAAAGAUGCGACGGAGAGAGAGAAGAGGCGGCUGGAGGCUAGUGAGAGAAAUCAGACGAAAGGAGUGUUCUCGUCAUUGAGAGGGUACCUGAGUAAAUAG